AUGUCCGUAUCCCAAGCUCCAGGCGAGGAUGGUGGCUCCCAUCAUGGCAGUGAUGGCGAGGAGCCGAACAAUUUCAUAUUGGAUUUCAUGCAGCGAGCGUGGCUUGCCGGUAAUGGAAACUAUGUAAUCCAACUUGAUGAAGGAAGCGGAGGGGCUGACGAUGUGGACGACGGUGAGGAUGAAGACUUUAACGGCGACACAUUCCCACACCUCACGCGCCGACAGUGGAACCUGGUAUUGCAAGGCGGCUCCCUUCACAAUGUGCUUGUCCGUGUUCCAGGCAUGGAAGGAUAUGGACCUGGCCGGCUGCGGAGACGUCCGCCGGCGGACCCGAACCGGUUUCCCAAGGUGCCUAGCAAAGUCGGCCGGGAUCUGAUGUCCUCUGGCCUCUUUGGCGUCAGAGAGCGGCCGAGGACGACGACAACAUUUUCGAGCACGCCGUAUCAUGCACGACCGGUUCCGCUGCGGCUGCUGGACCGAGAGCUAGGCCUGGCAGACACCAGGGCCGACCGUUGGCGCAACGAGAAGCUCAUCGCCCAGAGCAUGAUCCCCGCUACCAACGCCGACAUGAUUGUGCGCUACAGUGCGCCCGUCUAUCUCGGCCAGUUCUCGGACGAUGGCAACUUUUUCUACAGCGCCACCAAGGACUUCCAUGUGCGCAUGUACGACACCGCCAACGUGAACGAGUGGCAGCAUUACAAGACGGUGGUCCACCCGUCCGGCCGGUGGACCCUGACGGAUUCGUCGCUCAGCCCAGACAAUCGCUGGCUUGCCUUCACGUCCAUGAUGCCGCAGGUGUGUCUGGCUCCGACCGACCCCCACGACGAGGGCGAGCCGUAUCUGCUGGACCUGUCGGAAGGCGCCGACGAGCACGGCCAUCACCACUCCUAUGCCAUCUUCUCGGUGCGCUUUUCGGGAGACGGCCGUGAGCUCGUAGUCGGCACCAGCGCCAGCACGAUCGUUGUCUACGACAUCGAGACCCGCCGCGUGCUGCACAGCAUCUACGGCCACGACCAGGACGUCAAUGCCGUCUGCUUCGGCGACAAGGCGUCACCACACCUGCUCUACUCCGGCUCAGACGACGCCACCAUCAAGGUAUGGGACAGGCGCAGUCUGGGUGACGGCCGGCCUGCGGGCGCCUUUGUUGGCCACUGCGAGGGCAUCACCUACAUUGACAGCAAGGGCGACGGGCGGUACAUUCUCUCCAACGGAAAAGACCAGACGAUGCGGCUGUGGGAUCUGCGCAUGGCCAUGAGCACUGCCGACUUUGAGAGCAACAACCCGACCCGGCUGACGCGCGACAGCUCGCAUGACUAUCGCUUCGAGCCAUACGACGACAGGCAGUGGUUCAAGCACCCGUUCGACAACUCGGUUGUGACGUUUCGUGGCCACCGCGUUGAGCGCACCCUCAUCCGCUGCCACUUCUCGCCGCCGGGCAGCAGUGAUGGCUCCUACGUCUACUCGGCUAGCCAUUCCGGCAAGGUGUACAUCUGGAACCUCGAUGCGACUCUGGCCGGUGUCAUUGACGUUCGCAUGGCCACCUCGAACACCAUCGCCAAGCUCGUCGCCGAGGAAGACGCGGCCGGCGAGGGCGGUCGCCGUGCCUCCCUCCAUCACCACCACCAACGCAAUCCCGACGGGCCCAUCUGUGUGCGGGACGCCAGCUGGCAUCCGACGGCGCCCGUUCUUGUUGCCUCUGGAUUCGAUGCCGAUAGUAUGGAAGCCGGCACCUGCUCGGUACACUCCUGUGCCCUAUCUCAGGACGGGGAUUCCGGCGGGCCAGAGCAGAGACUGUACGACGAAAAGCUACGUCCGAUGCCUGCGUGGAAGGCAAGGAUGAGAGGCGUGCCCUGGUUUCGGUAG